UUGUGACUGUUUGUGUGUGUGUUUCCUUGCAAAGUUAUCAAAGACUUGCCGUUCUCGGCAGUUUUACUUCUUCCUUUAUACAAGCAUUUGUUACUUGUGUAGUCUUCUUUCAUAAAGAGACGUCAAAGCCGAAGUUAGUGAUAUAUAAUAUAUUAUCAUAUAUCAUUAAGUUUUAUCAAAUCUAGCGAGAUAAUUAAAAGUGAACCGCGUAAUCGUCUACUUUAACAGUGCUAGAAUAAAAUCAGAUCAAUAUUUCGAAAUUUUAUUGACAAACACAAAAAAAAGAAUAAAUUGAUUUUGUUAUAUGUGUAAAUCAUGCACUUAACAUUUUUUAAAUUAGUACAUUUAAUACAAAAGCUAAGAUAUACAUAAAUCUAAUAUGAAAUUUUCAAUGAUUUAAAAUUCGAAAUUUAUGUGAGAAUUAUAUAUAUAUAAUGUGAAUAUUAAAAUAAGUUUGAUUAAAUAAUCUAAUUACUUUGACGUAUAUCUUCGUGUAAAAUAAUGAAUGAAAAAAAUCUUACGUUUUUGUGUUGCGGAUUUUGUCUCCUCAUCACUUCAUCGAAAUCUCAGCAAAAUUGCAUCAACAACGAAGAGGAAGGUCGUAAUUUGACAGUUCGAUACGAGAUAGAUACAGAUUUUACAAGAAUUUAUAAGAACGAGAUAAAAACACUGCAACAUGAUUUGUAUGAAAAGUUAUUCAGCAAUAUGCGAUAUGAAAUGCCGAAUGAAAUUAAUUCCAUGAAUGACAAUGACGAUGAUGUUGAUCUGUUAUUAUAUAAACUAAGCAAGCGUUCUGUUCAAAAUCCUGAGGAUGAAGACGAAAUUCCGGCAAACUCUCCCACCAAUUUGACAAAUGUCAAACAUGAAAAAAACUCUACGUCACCGAAAGUUGACGAAAACUUGUUCGGAAAGAAUAAUUCCAUGUCGAUGAAUAAAGUCUUUGGAAAUUCCACUAAGAAUAGUAAUGCAAGAAACAUCGUCCCAUACGAAACUUGCCAUAAUAUUACUUGCAUUCUGUUCUGCUGUCCCUUUGGCUAUAGCCAAAGGACGAAUGACAGCCAAUGCAUUCCAGCAGGAAAAAUGAAAUUCGAUUUACCGUAUGUGUACGAAUAUGCGAACGAUUCAAUGCAAAACGAAAGUAAGAGAGUGAACGAAUUGUUUCCCUUAACCAUCUAUGAUCCGUGUUUGCGAACGCAACGUAUCGUGGUAGACGAGGGUCAUCAGUACGAUUAUAAGAUUUUCACCGAUGGAUCUAUUUAUUUAGCUUAUUAUCAAACAUUAUUUAAAUCGACGUCAUAUUGUCUCUCCGUCUUCUUGAACAGAGGGAAAGAGUUCGAAGUGAAUUUUUGUUAUGACACUUAUCAUCAAGUCGUUAGGAACGGGAUGAAAUACACACCUGAGAUCCAGUCGAUGUUUUACGCAUUUAACAUAUAUGCAGGCUUGCAUGUAGUGUGCAUAUUAUUUAUGGUACUAGUAUUUCUAGUGUAUUCCAUAUUGCCAGAACUGCGAAAUGUACAUGGAUUUAUGUUGCGCAAUUACAGCGCAGUUUCAAUCGUAGCACUGAUAAUUAACAUAGUGAAGCUUAUGCAAUACAAUGCAGAAAUACCAUAUCCCGCCUGUGUUACAAUUGCCUUUUUAGAAUAUUACUUUCUUAUGUCGACUUUUUUCUGGCUAAGUGCCAUGAGCUUUAAUAUGUGGUGGACAUUCAGAAAAUUCUCUUCGUUACAAAAAAAGGUCAAAAAAAAAACUGAAAAUAAAAAGUUACUGUAUUAUGGGAUUUUCGCGUACGGUGGUCCAUUCAUACUUGCUAUUCUUUGUGUCAUCGUUGUGGAUUUUAUUUCCGUGUACCUGCCAAGAAAUUUCCGACCAGAAUUUAAAUUAGGACUUUGCUGGUAUUAUGCUAAACGGAAGCCAGCGUUUCUAUUGUAUUUCUACGGGAUUAAAACUGUCUGUAAUAUUAGUAGCGUUUGCUUAUCUAUCUCUGCGGCACUGAAAAUCAGACGCUAUGAAAAGAAUACAGGUCUUCGUCUGACAGAUUCGGAAAGCAGGCGAUAUAAUGACAAUAAGAAAUGGUUUAAUCUAUAUAUGAAGUUAUUUAUUGUGCUGUUUAUAGUGUUGGGCAUAAAUUGGAUUGUGCUUACACUGACAUGGGUGUUUGUAAAAAUAAUGAAUAUUUACCUCGCUUAUUUUAUUGCUUCGUUAGAUAUUAUUACGAGUUUCUGCACCUUUAUCAUAUUUGUAUGGAAAAAGAAGACCAAGGAGAUGUUACUGAAACGAUUCGGAUUCAACACAAAUGCAUCACGCACUUAACUAUACUAUGUCAGAAGUGUUUAUGCAGGAAAAAUCGAAUUCUUGCAGAGAAGAAAAUUGUCACGCAAAAGGUUCGUCCGAUAAAACUGAAUUCUAAUAUUGCAAUGUGUAAAAAAAAGUUAUAUCGCAGUUUAUAGACAAACAAUUAAUUAAUUUUAAUU